AGGCACACUAUGCAGGCUAAAGCGAUGGAAGACGUUCUCCAUUUCAAAGAAGGUCUCACAGAAUUCGCUACAGAUAUUUAUGACAAAAUCAUCAAGUUGCAAGCCGAAAAUUUAGCGAACUCUGUAUUUUCGCCCAUGAGUAUUUAUUGUGCCUCGUUGUUGCUGAUGGCCGGAGCCGACGGGGAAACACUGCAAGAGAUCCAGCAAGUGCUUCACAUUCCCCCGAUGCUCAGAUCCGAUGCUGUUCAUCAGUCCUAUGGACCAAUAAUUUCGAAGUAUUUCGAGGUAUCCACUGACGUGGACUUGAACCUUGCUAAUCGACUAUUUCUACUCAAUUCGAUCGAUAUUCGGCCGGAAUACAGUACACUAGUUUCCGAGUGUUACAAGGCCUCAGUUGAGCUGCUAACCGAACUUCCAAAUAUAGAGGCGAAAAGACGUCACAUUAACGCCUGGGUUGCCAAAAACACGAAGAACAAAAUUGAGGAACUGUUGCCGUCUGGUUUUCUCGACCAGAACUCGAUAUUCCUGCUAAUCAACGCGUUGUAUUUUCGAGGCUCAUGGGAUCACCAGUUUGAUAAGGAACAAACUAAAGAGAGUGAUUUCCAUUGCUUGAACGGGGAAUCGAUGAAAGUGCAAAUGAUGUAUAGGAAAUCGCCAUUCUAUCUGGCCUCUCUCGCAGAACUGGACUGUAUGGCUAUAAAACUUCCUUUUCGAUGGAGC